UUUCCAGCCGCCAGGGGCAGUGUGGUGAUUUGGAAGGGGUUCUCAGCGUGUCGCUCGCACAUUGGAAACAUGGCAGACUCAGAGGGAAAAGCAGAGUCCAAACACACUGACAGGAGCAACUAUGCUGCAGACAAUACAAAACCAGGGGUGAUUUCACAAGUGAAGAGUGAAGGUCGAGAACUGACUAAAGAAGAGAAGCAGCGGCUGCGGAAGGAGAAGAAACAGCAGAAGAAGGGGAAAAAAGAUGACAUGGGUCCAUCAGAAAAAAGGGCCGAUAAAGAAACAAAAGCAGGGGCUUCCACUGCUCAGAGUUCCCUGAUCCCAGUACAGAAAGUGCCAUCAGCGGCUGCAGCUCCUGUCAGUAUACCAGCAGCAGGACCGACAGCAGAGUGCACUACACCUGCAGACAAGCCAGCUAAGAGUAAAGCAGAGCUGAAGGCAGAGCGAAGAGCGCGGCAGGAAGCAGAUCGUGCAGCAAAACAGGCUAAGAAAGAGCCGGGUGCCACCUCUACAACCAAGACUAAAGCACCUCAGAGUGAACUUCAGCCAGUGGUGAAACGAUUACCAGAACACAUCCAAGUAGAUGAUCCUGCAGUGGUGAGAAAGCUGGCCAAGAAGCUUGAGAGACAACAGAGGUCAGGGCAAGGAGCUCACAUAAAUGUGUCUCAAGUCAAGAUUCCUCUGAGGUCGGAGUACGGCUACAAAGUCAGCCUGUUCUCUCACCUGCACCAGUACAGCCGCAAAGCACCUCUCACACAGCAAAUCAGCAUUCCUGCCACAGUUAUCCACCCCUCCGUAGUCCAGUUGGGCCUGCAGUACUCGCAGGGCAUCAUAGCCGGCUCGAAUGCUCGCUCUGUGGCUCUCUUGCAUGCCUUUAAACAGGUGAUUCAAGACUAUAGCACUCCACCCAAUGAGGAGUUGUCCAGGGAUCUAGUGAACAAGCUGAAGCCCUACAUCAGUUUUCUCAAUCAAUGUCGCCCCCUGUCUGCAAGCAUGGGCAAUGCAAUCAAGUACAUCAAGAAAGAGAUCUCCAAUAUUCCAAAUCAGUGCAAAGAGGAGGAGGCUAAGAAGAAACUAUUGUCAUGUAUUGACAACUAUGCAAAUGAGAAGAUCAAGUUGGCUGCAGAAGCCAUCUCUAAAUGUGCAAGUGAAAAGAUUAGUGAUGGUGAUGUCAUUCUAGUUUAUGGCUGCUCCUCACUUGUCAAUCAUAUCCUGUGUGAGGCCUUUGAGAAACUCCAGAAGAAGUUCCGAGUCAUCGUGGUGGACAGUCGGCCCAGACUGGAGGGGAGGGAAGCUUUGAGACGUUUGGUGAAGAAAGGCAUUCGGUGUACCUACGUGCUCAUAUCCGCACUCUCUUACAUUCUGCCUGAGGUGUCCAAGGUGUUUCUUGGAGCUCAUGCCCUUCUGGCUAACGGAUACGUAAUGUCCCGAGUAGGAACAUCCCAAAUUGCUCUUGUAGCCAAGGCGUACAACGUGCCCGUGCUGGUCUGCUGUGAGACGUACAAAUUUUGUGAACGAGUGCAGACCGACUCAUUCGUAUCCAACGAGCUGGAUGACCCUGAUGACCUGAUAGUGACACGGAAAGGAAAGACCCCAUUGGAGAACUGGCAGAGUGUUACUUCUCUGGGUUUACUAAACUUGGUCUAUGAUGUCACCCCCCCAGACUUUGUUGACCUGGUGAUCACAGAGCUAGGCAUGAUCCCCUGUACCUCAGUGCCUGUAGUGCUACGAGUAAAGAAUGUGGAUCAGUGAUCACAUUUUCAAUCUUUUUUAUUCACAACUCUGGGCACAUUGUGUGUGUGUUGAGACGGAGUGGAUUAUUUAAAGAUAAUAAUGUAGAAUAAAUUCAUGAGAAGACGACAUAUCUGAGGGAAACUCUGGUCUGGUGGUUUUCUGUUUGUCCACUUCUUAAACCAGUAGAAACCGGCGACUGAAUUUACAUUCAGCUUUAAGUCCUACAUUUUCACCAGAGCAAGUUACAUCCCAGGCUCCUGUGAGUAAGCAGGAUUUCUGCAGAUUUCAUCAUCAAAUUUAAGACUUUUUUUAAAGACCAUUAAGAACGAAAUUUGACUUAUUUCACGACAUUAAAAACACACACAAAUACAUUAUCUAACCCAGCCCUACAUUAUUUUUUUUUCCCAUCUUUUCAGCCAAGUGGUGCAAAAAUUUCACUUCCAGAUUGCUGAAAAAUAAAAUCCAUUUCAAGUCUGUGGUACAAUCCAAAAGGGAUACGUGCCUAUGACAGAAAACUGAA